UUUGAAAAAAAUUAAAAUAAUAAUAAAAAUAAUAAUAUAUCGUAUUGCUAGAAUAAAUAGACACACUUAUACGGUUCUAUUUUUGCCCUUUGUUUUAGCUCUGUUUUUGAAAGACGGAAAUUGCCGAAACAUGAGUGCCGCCAUGUUUUGCUAACUAGCUACCAAACCUACACAUCACUUAUUCUGUCGCAUCUCCAGUUAAAGUUAGCUUCAGGCCUAACUACGCUUUCUCGGUGAGCACUGUUGUUCCUAACGUGGCGCUUGGUUGGUCUUGUUUUAUUAGCAUGGAUUGAGUAGAGGUUAUGUUGAGAUUAUCCAGUGUUUCCAGGCUUGUACGCAGAGCUCUGUGUGUCAGCACUGAGGGAAUGGGUAAGAAGGGCAGUUUCUUUUACGCCGUAAAGAAAGGACACAGGCCUGGUGUGUACCAAACAUGGGAAGAGUGCAAAUUUCAAGUGGACAGAUUUCCUGAUGCACGGUAUAAAAAGUUUGGUCGUGAAGAUGAAGCCUGGGCUUUUGUAAGGAACGAGACAACCUCCACAGAGAACUCUGAAGCCACCCUGCAUACCCCAAGUGUUCCCGUUUGCUCUAAAAGGUCCGUUGAAGAGGACGAGGUUGAUGGAGGGAGUGUAAAACGAGCGAAACUCGACCCCUCUGCUGCCAACAGUACUAGCGGACUCACUUACAUGGGAGAUGCGGUGGUGGUGUACACAGAUGGCUGUUGUACAAAAAAUGGGAGACAUGGCGCUCGUGCAGGGAUCGGAGUGUACUGGGGUCCCAGUCACCCUCUUAACGUUGCAGAGAGGUUACCAGGGAGACAGACCAACCAACGAGCUGAACUGCAGGCAGCCUGCAAGGCGCUGGAGCAAGCUAUACAUAUGGAGAUCAAGAAGCUGGUUGUCUACACAGACAGCAAGUUCACUAUUAACGGGAUUACCAGCUGGGUAAAGAAAUGGAAAACCAAUGGCUGGAGACUCCAAACAGGUGGCAAGGUGGUCAAUAAAGAAGACUUCCAAAAGCUUGAUGAGCUAAAUGGAGGACUUGAUGUUAAAUGGAUGCACAUCCCAGGCCAUGCUGGCUAUUUAGGAAACGAGGAGGCAGACAGGCUCUCUCGAGAGGGAGCAGCAAAGCCUCAGUUGUAACUGGUGUUAGCUAACGAAGUCUGCUGCUGUGUUCACGCACGAGCUCAGGUUAUUAAUACUGUGUGUGUUCUCAUUGUGGAAUGCAAGCUUCUGCACUUUUAUGUUCAAAUUUUCAUUUGACUUUUUUUUGUUGUUGUUGUAAAUAAAUAACAUCUGAGUUUG